UAAUUACAGUAAUAUAAUACACUUGUUUUGUAGAAUCCACAACAUGCGUGCAUUGGUUCUGGUAGCUCUCUGCUUUGCUGCUGUUACAGCCGUCCCCACAAACCCACAAAGGAUUGUUGGUGGUAACGUGGUUGAUAUUAGCCAGUACCCUAGCAUCGCCGCUCUCCUGUAUUCAUGGAACUCGAAUCAAUACUGGCAGACGUGUGGAGGUUCCAUCUUGAACUUCAAUACCAUCCUUACCGCUGCUCACUGUACUUAUGGUGACACAGCCCUCAGAUGGCGCAUCCGUCUCGGUUCAUCCUGGGCCAACAGCGGUGGUAACGUUUACAACGUUGCCCAAAAUAUCGUUCACAAUUUAUUUAGCUUUAGAACUUUAGAUAACGACAUUGCUAUCCUCCGCUCCGCCUCGUUCUUCUAUUACAACAUCAAUGUCCGCGAUGCUCAUAUUGCUGGUCCCAACUACUUGCCUUCUGACAACUCUCCCGUCUGGGCUGCUGGAUGGGGAGACACUAUCCAUGGUUCACUUGCCGGCUCUGACCAGCUCCGUCACGUCCAGCUGCAGAUCAUCAACCAGAACACUUGCAGAAACAACUACGCUACCCGCGGUAUCGUCAUCACCGACAACAUGCUGUGCUCUGGCUGGCCCACCGGUGGUCGCGAUCAGUGCCAGGGCGACUCUGGUGGUCCUCUUUAUCACAACAACGUUGUACUUGGUGUCUGCUCUUUCGGAAUCGGAUGCGGCCAAGCUUUAUUCCCUAGAGUCAAUACUCGCGUAUCUCGUUACACUUCUUGGAUCCACGCUCAUUCAUAAUACGCUACUUGACAACUAUUCAAACUUUUAUCGCAAUGUGAAAACCAAUACUUUUCUAUGGAUUUUAUGUGAGAUAGCAAUAUAAUAUAAUUAUUUCUAAAAAAUGCUAGCAAUUUCUCAAAUGAACUACAUAAAUAUAUGUUCAUAUCAAUAAAUGAAAUUAAUAUGAUUGAAAGGUA